AUGUCGUCAGAUGACAGAAGAUCCAAGAGUCGGGACAGGUUCUGCGAUGAUGCCCCGGUGACCCUGGGCCAUCAGGAUGGCAGCAUAGGAACACUGCAGAGUCUCCACAGCAGCCAGCUGGCUGUGAGCGCUGAUCCUUUGCCACCACCCCCUCUCCCGUUACAGCCACCCUUUGGCCCAGACUUCUGCUCAAGUGACACAGAGGAACCAGCCAUCGCACCAGAUCUCAAACCCGUAAGGCGCUUUGUCCCUGACUCUUGGAAGAACUUCUUCAAAGGGAAGAAAAAGGACCCAGAAUGGGAUAAACCAGUAUCUGACAUCAGAUACAUCUCCGAUGGAGUGGAGUGUUCACCUCCAGCCUCUCCACAAAGAUCAAAGCACCCUUCAUCCCUCAACUCCUGCCAGGGUCCUUACGGAGGGUCUUUCAGUUCCCAGAAGGAGGCUGAUGCAAUGCUUCCCCACGAUCCCUAUGGAUCUCUAGGUCGACACACACAAACAGCUCGAACGUACAGUGAGAAGGUGGAAGAGUAUAAUCUGAGAUAUUCCUAUAUGAAGUCUUGGGCAGGUCUGCUGAGAAUUCUGGGUGUUGUGGAGCUGCUUCUGGGUACAGGCGUCUUUGCUUGUGUCACAGCUUACAUUCACAAGGACAACGAGUGGUAUAACUUGUUUGGAUAUUCACAGCCCUUUGGUGUUGGAAGCGUUGGUGGCCUGGGCAGUAUGUAUGGGGGCUAUUACUACAGUGGCCCUAAGACUCCUUUUGUACUCGUGGUUGCUGGUUUAGCUUGGAUCGCCACCAUUAUUGUUCUGGUUCUUGGCAUGUCCAUGUAUUAUCGUACUAUUCUUUUGGACUCUAAUUGGUGGCCCCUGACUGAAUUUGGAAUUAAUGUUGCCUUGUUUAUUUUGUAUAUGGCUGGAGCCAUAGUCUAUGUGAAUGAUACCAACCGAGGUGGACUCUGCUACUAUCCAUUAUUUAAUACACCAAUGAAUGCAGUGUUCUGUCGAGUAGAAGGGGGACAGAUUGCAGCGAUGAUCUUCCUAUUUGUCACCAUGAUUGUGUAUCUCGUUAGCGCUUUGGUCUGUCUCAAGUUAUGGAGACAUGAGGCAGCUCGGAGACAUAGAGAAUACAUGGAACAACAGGAGAUAAAUGAACCAUCAUUGUCAUCAAAAAGGAAAAUGUGUGAAAUGUCUACUAGCUGUGACAGACAAAGAGACCCAGAAGUUAACUUCAAAGAAUCGGAAAAGCCACACAUGAAGACUGGACUUCUACAGAGUGGUCACAUCCCCUCGGGCCACAUCCCUAAGCCCAUCGUAAUGCCUGACUAUGUGGCAAAAUACCCCGUGAUUCAGACAGAUGAUGAACGAGAACGCUAUAAAGCUGUGUUCCAAGACCAGUUUUCAGAAUACAAAGAGCUCUCAGCGGAAGUUCAUGCUGUCCUGAGGAAGUUUGAUGAGCUGGAUGCAGUGAUGCGCAGGUUGCCCUAUCAUUCAGAAAAUCGAGAGGAACAUGAGAGAAUUUCAAGAAUCCAUGAAGAGUUUAAGAAAAAAAAGAAUAAUCCUACGUUUCUGGAAAAGAAAGAACGCUGUGAUUACCUGAAGAAUAAACUUUCUCACAUAAAGCAAAGAAUUCAAGAGUAUGAUAAAAUAAUGAAUUGGGACAUACAAGGUUAUUCUUAA